UGGAUACAAAUCUUUCAAAUUGGCUAGAAUACUCACAUUAGACGAAAUCGAAGACCUGGAACCGUGCUCUGACAUCAAGAAGCGAGCGCGAUUGAAGCAUUUCACCUGUGAAAAUUUGCCAUAAAAGUAUUGAAUAUUAGAGACGCGGAAAUACAUGUGUAGUGCUACUCAAGUCUAAUGUCUACGAAUCCUGGACCUAAUGAGUUGUUUUCAACAUUUUACGAAGAAGUCAAGGCUAUUGAGAAGCGAGAUUCAGUAUUAACCCCGAAGCAACAAAUAGAUAGACUUAAUCGGCCUGGAUCAACUUAUUUUAAUUUGAAUCCAUAUGAUGUAUGCUUGGUGUAACAUUGUUCAAGCAACCUAGGUUUUACAAGUGGAUCCUGAUGCAGCGAUGGCUGAUAUAAAAAAGAAAUACAGACAGCUAUCUCUGCUUGUACAUCCGGAUAAAAACCCAGAUGAUAUUGAAAGAUCUCAGAAAGCCUUCGAAGCUGUAAACAAGGCUUACAAGACUCUGGAUGACCCAGAAACUUCCCGCAAAUGCAAAGAAGUAGUGGAGGAAGCGAAAGAUCUUGUUGAACAAAUGAUGAUUGAGAAACGGAAACGUGUUAAAAAGACAAGCGGAUCUAUUACGAUUGAAGAAGAUGACCCUGAAAAGCGGCGUCAUGCCAUAUAUGUGCAAACAUGCAAACUGUUCGCUGAUCUUGAGAGAUUAAGGGUGGAAGAAGAGCAAAAACAGUGUUCAGAAAGAAAACGCAAAGCUGAAGAGGAGGAGGAAGGAAGAAAACUCAUGGCGUAUGACAAAGAGUGGAAAAAGAAUUAUGAAGAAAGUCGUGUUAAUCGUGUUGCAAGUUGGCGAGAUUUCAAGGCGAAAAAGUCCAAAACAUCAAAAGGUAUAGGCGGUUUAAAACCACCGAAAACAAAAAUGGAACAAAGACCCGGUUAACAAAACAGGAUCUUCAAUACGUAUAUUUCUAUCCGCUUUGUAGAAAAAAAAUAACUAUUUGUAAAAAAGAAGUAUUCUCCUUGCAACUCAUAUUAUUGUCAUACUAGUUAUGUACUAUCAUUUUGAUCACUUCUUGCCCUCUGUGUAUAUGUAUCAUUUAAAAUAAAAACAAAAACACUUUCGUAAAUCCAAA